GCCGGCAGCUGAGCAGAGUGAAGUUUGUUGUGAAGUUGGGAGUUUCACUUAGUAAGUGAUGACUUCCCUUAAAAAGGCGUUAAAAACCCAUUUUGGGUUUGAUGUAUUCCGUUCACAGAAGCAAGAGGACGCGGUCAAGGCCGUUAUCAAAGGAGACCGCGAUGUAUUUGUGUGCAUGCCCACGGGGGCAGGGAAAUCGUUGUGCUACCAGCUGCCAGCGAUGCUGGCCGAUGGCAUCACGUUGGUCAUCUCCCCCCUCAUCGCUCUCAUACAAGACCAAGUGGAGCACCUGCGAGAACUCAACAUCCCCGCCUGCUCCAUCAACUCCAAGCUCCCCAUCGCCGAGCGCCGUGUCAUCAUGGCCGACCUGGAGAGCGAGAGCCCCAGGCUGAAGCUGCUCUACAUCACCCCAGAGAUGGUGGCCUCACCUGGGUUCAAGCCGUGCCUGACCAGCCUCUCCUCCCGGAGGCUGGUCUCAUACCUGGCGGUGGACGAGGCCCACUGCGUCUCCCAGUGGGGGCAUGACUUCAGGCCGGACUACCUCAAGUUGGGUGAGCUGCGAGCCCGUCUUCCCGGGGUGGCCUGUGUGGCGUUGACCGCCACAGCGCCCAAAAAGGUUCAGGAAGACAUCAGCAAGUCCCUGAGGCUGCGCUCGCCGCUGUCCUUCGCCACACCGGUGUUCCGUAGUAACCUGCACUACGAUGUGGUGUUCCGAGAACAGCUGGAGGAGCCCUACGCUCACCUGCACGCCUUCAUCACAGAGGCCCUGUGGGGCGUGGGCCCGGGGGGCACGGGGGGCACGGGGGAGACACAGGGCUGUGGGAUUGUGUACUGCAGGACCAGAGAGGCCUGUGAAACUGUGGCCCAUCAGCUGACCAGCCUAGGAGUCCUGUCCAAGCCUUACCAUGCAGGGUUGAAGACGGGAGAUCGCACAGAGGCCCAGUCUGACUGGAUGCAGGGGAAGGUGCUGGUGAUCGUGGCAACCAUCAGCUUCGGCAUGGGAGUGGACAAAGCCAACGUCAGGUUCGUGGCCCACUGGAACCUGGCUAAGUCCCUGGCCAGCUACUACCAGGAGUCAGGCCGUGCGGGGAGGGACGGUCUGCCCUCCAGCUGCAGGACCUACUUCUCCCACAGGGACAAGGAGCAGAUGAACUUCCUCAUACGCAAGGAGCUGGCUCGCAAGCAGGCGAAGCGAGGCUCAGAGAAGGAGACGGACAAAGCUGCUGUCGCCGACUUUGAUGCCAUGGUGUCCUUCUGUGAACAGGAGACUUGUCGCCAUGCCACCAUCUCUAAGUUCUUCGGAGACGCCCCCCCGGUGUGCGGCGGAGCGUGUGACUGCUGUCGGGACCCCCGGGCGGUGCGGGCCCAGCUGGAGAAGGGCUCCGCCCUCAGGACCAGGAUGGCGGCCGCGCCCGGCCCCAGCGGGCCCUUCGGCUUCGACCGCCAGCUCUACGCCGGGGGCAGGAAGGGCUACGGCUUCGAGAGGCAUGAUGAGGAGUGGGAGGGAGGAGAAGGGGAAGAUGACUCUGAGAUCAGGAAGAAGGAGUUUGGAGUUCUCUUCAAGAAGCAGAUUAACCUACGGAAGGGGUCUGAGGGCCGCAGAGUGGAAUUUGUCCCUCCAGAUGCUGGAUGUCUACUGAAGGAAGCCAGCAGCCAGAAAAUCCCCAGGUUAACUGUAAAGGCCAGAGAGCACUGCCUGGCGCUGCUACAGCAGGCUCUCUCUAGCCAGCAGGGGGCAGCAGAGGACACCGUUUCCAUGGCGGUGGAGAUGGAACACGAGGCGUUCCGCAACACCAAGUCUACCAACCUCUACAAGGCCGCCAUGCUGAAGAAGGUUUCAGAGAUGAAGAAGGGAUCGACUGCCUCGCUGGGAGGGGGGGGAGGGGGAGGAGGAGGAGGAGGAGGAGGAAGAAGAGGGGGAGAGGAGACCAAAGACGUGAAGAGUGAAGUUAAGGAUGAAUCAAGCCCCUCCUCUUCCUCCUCUUCCUCACUUCCUGUGGAGCUGCUUGGCUUCACUCCCGCCUCCCAAAUCUACUCACUGAAGAGGAAGAGGAUUGGAGCAGGUCUCAGGGGGUCCUCAGACCCCUUCCAGACAGCCAGAGAGCUGCUUCAGACCUCCAUCCCUGAGGGGGUCCCUGGAGGGGGAUUCCACCCCGACACCCCUGUGGCCCUGACCUCCAUCACCUCCUCCAUCAGGGCGAAGGCCAAAGCCACGGCCGCCGCCCUCAGCAGCCCCUCAGACACAGGGGACAAGCUGUCGGCUGACAGCCCUUCUAAAGCAGGCAGCAGACUCAGUGUAGACAGUCCGUCCAAAGCGGCGGGUAAAGGACUGAGUAAGAAGCAGCAGAAGCUAGCGGAAGCCGCUAAGAGCACCAGGAGCAUCGCUCAGUACUUUGGGAAGAAACAGACCGACAGCCAGGGGCGGGCUUUAGAGAAUGGAGCCAAUGGCAUGUCAUCUCAUGAGGCAGAGGAUGCCCCUCAGCCUAUCAGCGCUCAGGAACACUCACCUGUCACGGUCACCACAGAUACGGUCUCUGCGGAUACCAGUCCAUUAGAGAUGGUCCCCAUGGAAGCCAUCCCAGAAGUCAUCACUCUGGACGAGGAGGAGGAGGAGGAAGAGGCCCCCACAACACAGGAAGUGAAAGAGGAAGUUGAGCGAGAGGCGGAGGGUCACACAGAGCAGAAACGUCAGGAAGACCAGAACAGAUCUCUGCUCCUGCCAGAGGUACCAGAGGACGGGGGGGCAUACAGGGAGCCCUCGGCCAAACGUAGCCGACCCCUUCAGGAGAGCAGGAGGAAGGUGACCUUUAACCCCCAGGUGCAGGAGACUCUCGUGGAGUCUCGGGGGGGCGCCGUGGGGGCCCCGUCCUCCUCCCAGCCCCCCCUGGGCCCCACGGCCAGACUCCCCACCACGGCCCCCCCACAACCUGCCAGCAGGAAGGAGGUGGCGGACAUUGUUGUGCGCUGCCUGGACCCAUACUACACCCAGGGGAAGUUUAGCACCAAGGAGCUGUUCAAGUCGUUCGCCCGCUUCCUGUCUCACCUGCUGGCUGAAGGGCGGGGCCAGGGGAGGGGACCAGUGAAGGCGGAGGCCAAGGCUCUGAUAAAGAAGUUCUUUAGUGGAGUGAAACGUUGUGAAAAGGAGGAAGACUGGAGACACCUGGAGAGAAUGAACACACACUCCUCCUAGAGCUGGAGGGAGCAGAGCUGGAGGGAGCAGAGCUGGAGGGAGCAGAGGUGGAGGGAGGAGAGAUGGAGGGAGGAGAGAUGGAGGGAGGAGAGAUGGAGGGAGGCCCCUGAGGAGGGAACUGACUACUCCUCCUCUUCUUCUGAGCCUUGUAUGCUGCUGCUGUUGACUGACUGUUGCUAUGCCCCAGAACAGUUUGGUCUGCACACACGCUGCCAGGAAACAGGUUGCCCAGAAACAGGCUGCCACUCUGAUGUAGCAGUGAAACAUGUCUGACUGGAUACAGACCGUUUCUGGGACUGAACAAGAAGUGAUGUUUGUAAUCUCAGAAUCUGUGAAGUUUCUCUGGUCUUGUCCAACCAAACUCUUCUUCUGCUGCUGCUGAAUCCUUACCAGGCUGGAGGACUGAGUCUACUGGAUGGACAUUAUGCAGGGAAAUUAUAGAUAUUUUAAACUGACAUUUUUGGUUAGUUUUUGUCAACUUUUAUGUCCAUGUUUUGUCUAUUGUUUAUGUCGGUAACAGGAGUCCUCAUGUGUGUAACAUUUCGUAAGAUAAUUGUGUUUGUCUUAAUAGUUAAUUUGCAAUAACGUUGACUGUGACGAGGACUACUGGACAUUAGUCACUUGUGAACCUACAAAACGCAAAGAACAUUGAUCUUGCUGUGCUCCAAAGGGGACUAGACUACUGAACGCUGAAGCCAUAAAGACAAGUUGUGUAGGCCUUGCCUGUUCUCUGCGACCCAGCUGUUUACAAUAAAAUCUCUGAUGACGCUGAUAG